ACUCGGACUCGACUGUGGAAGAGUCGUGGAAUCAUGUGGCCGAUGCGAUCGGAGAUGACUCGCGAUGAGUGCAGGAAGUGCCUACGAUGCCUCGAAUUAGAUGCUUAUGGAAGUAUGGUUUCUGUUCUACGUGCUCAAGGUCCUUUCACCAAUGAAAAACAGAAAUUAUUGCAAGAACUUGCUAAAGUAUUACAUAUUUCCAAUGAAAGACACCGUGCUGAAAUACGAAGAGCUGUGAACGACGAGAAACUUGCAACAAUUGCAGAACAACUUAAUGGUCCAAAUACUGGUAUAGAUUGGACUCUUGAAGGUCGUCGAUCUAUUCCUCUUUUGCCAAGAUUGAAGGCACGGUCUGCAUUUACGACAUUAGCAAAUAGCCUGUCCCUUACCACUGCGAUUGCAAACAAUAAAAAACCUGAUAGGUGUAAUAUUGUUAGACAAUCUGAAAAUUCAAAUUUAAAUUUGAUCGAAAAUGAGACGAUAGAUAAUAAAGAUGUAUUUGAUAAAGUUACUGAAAAAUCCAAGGAAUCCUCUCGAAAACGUAAAUCUCCUUCUCCGUUGCCGACGGCACCACCGAAUAAAGUUCUAGUAAUAUCUGAGUCAUCGAAUCAUAUUUUGCGGACUUCUGAAAAUAAGCAAUCACAAGUUCUACAAGUAACCAAACAUCAAAAUUUUGCGUUAAUUAAGGUUAACGAGACCUCAGAUUCUGUGGAGAGUACAACAGUAUCAGAACAUCCGAGUGAGUGCACCACAGUUUCAUUAAACAAACAUGUAGUUGUUACAACAACUUCCGUAUGCACAAAUCAUGUCAGCAAUCCUAAGAUGGCAGUAAGCAGUGACCAGAAUAAAAUUAAUACCAAAGUAGUGCCAGCAAUAUCAAGCUGUAUAUUGAGCAUAAACAAAGUGCAUUCAAGUAAAGACACACAACUUCAAGAUAGCACAAUCGGUACACAAAAAACUCAAUCUGAUAAUAUUAACUCCAUGUUAUCUGAUAAUAUUAGUUCAAAUCCAUCAACUACAAAAAGCUCUAAAACGCUUUGUGAUCCAAUAAUACAAAAUUAUACUAGAAUGACAAGCGCUCGACUUACACAAACAAUGCCUGUGUAUCCUGGAACUACAGUAUCGAGCGGUCCUGGGCCACCUCAAGUUAAACAAGUUCCCAUAACAUUAAUGUGUACGAAACUGCCAUCGGAACAAAUUGUAACCUUUGAUCAAUCUACUGCCAAAACGGGUAUUUUUCCUAAGAAAGUUAUAAAUAUGCCUCAUUAUAACACUAAAUUAAAUAAAGCUAACGUAAUCGUUAUCCAGAAGGCAAAAUCCGUAACACUAUCACAUGCAGGCAAGGAAGUGCUAGGGAAAGUAAUAAUGGAAGGAAAGAAUCUAUGCGUUACGAGCCAACAUAAUGCAAACUCGAUCAACGUUCAACCCCAUCAUAUUUCUCUGAAUAAUGGAGAUCAAACGAAGACUAUGCUGCCAACUGUAAACUCGCCACAGAAUGCAGAAUCUGUCAAAACGAACAUAAAGUCUGGAAAAACGGUUGUGUCAGUCACGCGUUUUCGGCAUGACGUUCAGGAAAACAAAGUUCUCUCGCAGCUUUUUGAUUCAUCUGCCAUUUGUAAUGUUGAGGCCAAGACUUUGAUACAGGAUAUAAAUGCGUGCUUGCCAAAGGAAGAAUGCAAUAAUGAUAAAAAUACGAUCGAUCGAGAGUCAUCUCUAAAAACAGAUUCCAUGAUUACUUCCAUAUCGGAAGAAACACAGCACAGAUCAGUUCAGAGUAAUAGUAAUAAUAUCGAGCAUAGGAAAAAUAACGAUGUUAAAGUGAGUAUAAAUUCUCAGGAUACGAAUCUGCUAGAAUCUUCAAAAUCGUUGGGAAGCAAGGAAAUACUGGUCAGGCCAAAGCAAGUACAUGAUGAUAUUGAAGAUGAUGUUCGAAUAGAAAAAUGUGACGAAAAUGUUGAUAUGUUUAACGCGAUGUUAGAAUCGACAAAUAAAAAUUUGCAGAGCUUCCAGUAUCUAGUGGAUAACGAUGAGAAUAACGAUUUAGACAAGUCGUCGAGAUCAAUGGUGACCGUAAAUCAGAUGGAUGAGCAUGACAAUUCGUAACAACUAAAGAUCUCGCGUUAUGCGUGUCGUAAUUAUAAUUACACGACGGCAAGGCUGAUACUUUCGUUUUGAAAGCGUACUGACAUAUUUAUCAUGUAUAAGUAUAUAUGUGUAUAUGUUUCUAUUUAUAUGUACACACACACACAC